GCCACGGUCAACCAGUCACGGUGACGGACGAUCAGCAGUUGUUCAGUUCUCGGCGGUUGUGUAUGUACUCGCGUGUGCCGUGUGGCCGCGUCUCGCGUCUUCGUUGUGUCGUGUUUGUUCUCGCAAGUAAUUUGUCGCGUUGUCGAUGUUCGCGGACGGAGCCGACGGAGAUUCGAGGUCGCGCAACGAGCAGGAAGAACCGGUUGGACGAGUAUCGCGCAUCGCGUUGUAAACACGCGCGAGAUCUUGGCACGAGAAAUUUCGGAGAAGACAUAAAAGAAAGAGAGAGAGAGAAAGAGAGAGAGUGAGAGUGUGUGAAAAAGAGAUAAGAGGAAAGAGAGCGAGAGCACAGAAUCCGCAAAAAUGUCAGAGAUUGACGCGAAAGUGAACAUGUCGCUCGAUGAGAUCAUAAAAAUGGAGAAAAAGAAAAAGAGCGCGGCGAGCAGCGGAAAGACCGGCGGCGGCGGCGGCGGCGUUAAGCGCAAUCGUGGCGGUGCCGUACGUGGCCGGGGUGGAUUUAGAGGAAGAGGCACGAGAAUCAAGCGCAAUGUCGGGGGAGGAGGAGGACCACCCACCCUGAAGAAGCAACAGCAGAUCUGGCAGCAACGUAACGCAAACACCGCGGGCAACGCUCGCGGCGGCUUCGCUCGGAAUCGCUUCAGGAAGAACGGCAAUCUCGCGCGAUCGCGCAGCAACCUGAGCCUGAAUCGGAAGGCGAACGGAGGCGCGAGAGGAGGCGCGUUCAAUGUGCGCCGCGGUGGCAGAGGCAACAGAUUCGGGGGCGCGGGCGGCCUGACCCGCAGCCGCAGUCGCACGAACCUGACGUUCAAUCAGGGCGGCUUUUUCACGAGCAACAAGAGCAGCCCGCUGAAGCGCACGAACAGCCUGCCGAAUCUGCGAGAUCCAAACUCGGUUCACAAUCGCCUGGGUUACCAGAGCCCCGCGCAGAUCGCCUAUCGAAAUCGCGUGAAACGAGCGAAGCAGCUGCUGUUGCAGAGGCAGAAUCAAAGGCUGAGCAUACAGAAUCAAUUCAGAAUGGCACAGGCCAGCCAGAAGACCGCUCUGCUCUCGAUGCAGCCGAGAACUUUGGGAAGGCAGCAGAUAUUAACGUCGCAACGUCGCUUCAUGACCGGUGGACUGCGAUCUGAUCAGAUCGCUCACGCACAGAGACGGGCGCAAUACGAACAGAAACUCCUACGAAUGAACGCCGCUCGAUUGACUCCUACUCCAAACGUCAAUUUCAUGUGCACACUGGGAAGCGAGUACAUACCUACCGCCACACGUCAGCGACCACUCACCCUCGUGCAGAGCCGACAGCCUGCAACGAUCACCAGCCCACGACAAAUGACCAGAGGACGAUCGCCGUUCAGGCAAAGCGCACAGGCUUUAAAUAUGAUUGGCCGACCAUUAUUCAGCCGACAACGCUCGAGAUCGAGAUCACGAUCACGCUCGCGUACGCACAACACGACCGCGUCCGACUCCAGUGGGGACGUCGACGAUCGCAGCUUUAGCGAAGUUAUGUACAGCCUGUCGGGGAAUCUCGGCAUUACGGGGCGAACUCUUAACGAUCGAUUUAGCUUUUAAGUAGUUGGCGUCGCAAAUUCGGCUUUUUAUCGUUACGAAACAAAAAAAAAGCAGUACCUUUUAUUUUAACACUAUAGACAAAAUGCUGUUACUUUUCUUUGUUUUAUUAAAUACGCGAGCGUUAUUGAUGUUAAAUCACCAUAGUGCGUUAACUAAUACGUCUUCACAAGUAUCUUUUCAUUUGCUUUACUUACAUUGAUUUUAGCCGAAAUAUCGCCUUUUCACAUUUGCAUUGUUAAUGUGUGCAAACUCUACGUUUUUAGGGAUUAUCACGAUAGACAGUGUCACACUUUCAUCCGGAGUGUAGUAUAGCGUGGAUAGAAUUAAAGAGAGCGAUUCUUAUCUAUCAUACGAUUAAAAAGAAGGAAUCUCAUUUUUUUAUCUACGUGCAAUAAUUUUGUAUGAAAUCUUCAGUAUUUUUUCAUUACAUAGGAGGAAAGAUGUUAUUUAAAUACGUAUAGUAAUUUCGAGAGCAAUUUAUUGAAACUUCGAUAUGUAAUGUGAAAGAAAAUUAGCUUAAGUGAUUACGUUUUUCUGUAUAAGAUAAAGCAUACACUUUCCAAAUGUGUUUUGUUUUUGCUUUGAGAAAUAUACAAAUUUUGACGAUUAGUUAUCAAUCUUUUUAAAUUUAUGUUGCAUUUUAGAUGAUCUUUGAAACAUAAGGGAUGAUUUAGGUAUUAUAUGCAAUCUGUAAUUCACGUGUAUGUACAUUUGCAUAUAUAUAUGCAAUCUUAUAAUUCAUCAAACAUCUGUACAUGAUUACAUUUUUUUUCGUGCGUUUAGUAAAAAUUUUGAUUUAUGCUUUAAUUUGCGAGAUUGUAACAAUAUGAUUAAAAUAUAUAUUGAUGAGAAGACAAA